AUGUUUGAUUCUUUAAAAAAUAAGAUUAGUGGAGGAAAAGAUAAGGAAAAAGAGAGGAAGGGUUCAGAGGAGCAAGGAAGCUAGAAAGAACGCUUAGAUAGUAACGAGACUGCUGAGCCAAAAAAAACUUCUAUGUUUGAUGGUCUUUCUAAAGAAUAUCAGAAAGCUAUAGAUUCAGUAAAGGAAAAUAAAUUUGUUAGAUAAGCUACUGAAGCUGCUGAAAAAGCUGACAAUUUUGUUUCUUCAGCUAUCAGAGAAAAGAAGAAUAAGCUCGAGUUAUGGAUAAAAAAGUAAAUGGAAAAGAAAAUGAUUGAGUUUCUCUUAAAAUUCAAGCCUAAAGUUGCUAACUCAAUCAAAGAUCCAGACAUGCCAGAAUUCGUAAAGUAAGGAAUUGAUGUUGCUGUUGAUGAAACAUAUCCUAUUAUUCUAGAUGAAGUCAAGUACCAGUUCCGUAUGAAGAUGUUUAAGCCUAAGAAAACCAUAAAAGAGCCUUAAGUAAGCUGUAUUUGUGUUCCUUGCUACAAAAUAAAAGCUUGGUAUAAUUACACAACUAACCCUGUAGACAUGUCUAUAUGGAAAAGAAUGAGAACCUUUUCUUACUGGCUUUUAACAUUAAUUUCACUUAUUCCAUUUUAUGGCAUCUAGCAAGCAUUGUACUUUUUUGCAUUCCUAUGCAUGGAUACUGGUGAUGAAUUCAUGCUUGUUUCUUACAUUUUAGAUUAUAAAAAGGCUUAAUUUAUAGGACAAGGAGUAAUUGCAGCAUUGACUUUGUACUUGAGCUAAUUUUAGUGUAUGAGACUCUGGGAUGACAAAUCUGAAAAGGACCCUAUAUAUGAUUGUAUCUAUGGAGCUCCAUCUUCCCCUAUGUUAGAUUUUUAUUUAGAUCUAGUUGACUUCGCUUCUUAGAUUAUACUUAUUUGGCUAGCUUUCUUACUUCUACCUUGUUCUGAAUCUAAAGGAAAAGCUGAUUUUGAUCACUUAGAUUAGUAAUAAAAGGCAAAAGAAUUAUAAUAGGCAUUGGACUAAUAAGAAAAUAAUGAAUAAAAAAGUGAAGAAUAAGCUCAUCAAGAAGAUAUUGAAAAUUCCAUUCAUUAGCUAGAACAAGAAGAAAAGGAAAAAAUGCUUGAAAAGGAAGCCUAGUAAAAUUAGAAAUCAUGUUGCGACUGCUCAAAAGGUGGUAAACUUUACAUUUUUAUGAUUUAUGACUUCCUUGCCUUUGGAGUUGCUUGUCUUGCAUUUUACUACUCAUAUUCUACAAAAGUACCACCAUAAUUCCAUCAAACGUCUGUUUAGUUUGCUGUUGCAAAGUUAGUUUAUGGAUACUUAAGUCUUCCAUUCUUGAUUUUUAAAAUCGGAUAACUUCAAACCAUCUUAACUAAAGCUAGACCCACUGCUUAUGAUGUUUAUGGAAACACAGUGCCUACCUCCAAAAUAGAAAUAGAUUAUGAAAAUAGAAACGAUGAUGAUAUAAUAGAUUUAGAUAUGGGUGUAGAUUUGGAAAAAAUUGAUAAAGAAGAUAAAAAAAAGUGA